GGCUCCCCCAGCAUGAAGUGACGGGCCGGGCCCCCAGAGAGUGGUAGGCUCUGCGCCGGGCAGGAUGGGGUCCCGGAGGUGCCAGGGCUGCCUCAGCGCCCUGCUGGUCCCGCUGGCGCUCUGGAGCGUGAUCGUGAACGUCUUACUGUAUUUCCCAAAUGGGCAGGCGGCCUAUGCAGCCGCCGCCGGCGCGCCGGGCAACCACGUGUGGUACUUUGAAGGAAUCUGCUUCUCCGGCGUCUUGAUGCUCAUAGUAGCUGCAGUGCUCCUCGUCCUGGACCACGAUUACAACUACCGCUGCUGCCCCAGCGAGAACUGCAGCGAAGGCUACACGACCGUGCUGUCUGUCCUCUUCGCGGCCCUCGGUGUGGCUUCCGCGGGGUACUGCCUGGCCAUCUCCGCUGCGGGUCUCGUCCAGGGCCCCUACUGCCGCACGCACGGAGGCUGGGGCUAUGCCUUGGAGGACACCGCAGGGCGUUUCCUUACAGACUCCAGCGUGUGGAGCCGGUGUCUGGAGCCUGCGCACGUGGUGGAGUGGAACAUCGUGUUGUUCUGCUCCCUCAUCACCCUCAGUGGGCUUCAGGUUGUCGUGUGCCUCCUGCGGGUGGCUGUCCAGUUGUCCAAGGUGCUGUGCGGAGCCUACACGGUCGUGGUCCAGCCUGGAAUAAUUUGAUUAAGGACAAGAAUGUGUUGCAUUAUCAAGACAUGGCUGCUGAAGUCAGAGCCCUCAUCAAGACUUGAGGAUAAUAUUCAAAUAAUGGUUUAGUUGUGCCUGUUGAAAUUAAAAGUUGUCACUGGAAAUGUCAACUUGACUACCUUUUCCUUUAGAAUUACUUCAGAGUAACGUAUCAGGAACGGCUUCAGAUGUAUGUAG